GUGCUGAUCACCAAAAACCAAACAAAACCAAAAAAAAACAACAAACUCACCAAAAAGAACAAGAUGAGAACCUCAUCAAGCUCAUCCCAACAACAACAACCAACAACAACCAACAACUCACCAUCUUCAUCUUCAUCAGACUCACCAGCAACCCAGAGCCAACAAGCACCAUGGGAAGAAGGAUAUCAGCAACACACUAACUCAAUCGUAGCCAUGAUCGAAAAGAACGACAUCAACAAGAACAACUCACUCCUACUAGACCCAAACACUGCUGCUGCUGCUUCCUACUACCUCUCUGACUCAUCAAACCAACCAUCGAUGUUCUCAGGAUCACCAACAAACCAAUCAUCAAUCGAUCACCACCAACAAAACAACAACCAAAACGAACCAUCAUCAUCAUCAUCACUCACCCAUAACAACAACAACACCACCACUAACAACAACAACCCAAUCAGUCCCAUCUCUCCAAACGGAAUCGAUUCAAAAGACUCAUCAAAACCCAAAAAAGAUCGAAGAGAAACAACCAUCAAGAGCGUCUUUGGCGGUUUCGUCAGCUCAGUCAACGAUUUAUUAUCCAAUCAGAAAAAGGUCGAAGUCUCAGCACCCUACGAUCCAGUCCAUCUAACUCAUGUCGGAUUCAACUCCAACACCGGAGAGUUCACCGGUCUACCCAAGGAGUGGCAGAUCAGACUACAAGAAUCCGGUAUCUCUCGUCAGGAGCAAGAGGCCCAUCCCCAGGCCGUCAAGGAUAUCGUUGCCUUCUAUCAGGAUGCUACCAAGGUCGAUGGCGAAUUGCAGUUCGAUGACGUCUGGCAGAAGUUCGGACACGUAGCCGAAGCUGACCUCCAUCAGCCACUCAAAGAUCCUUCCGGCGUGGUCUUUGAAAACCCGCGAUCAGCACCCGCACCCCCACCACCCUCUCGUCCGAACCUUGCCCUCCGCUCUCAGACUACUCUCCCACCCACUGGCCUCACCUCGGCAAGUUCGAUGAGCAGACGUCCAUCGGACUCGAAUGCACCAGUCACCUCCCCAGUUCAGCUCACCAGCUCGAAAUCAUUUACCGGUCGACCUUCCAAGUCUAAAGCCCGACCCAACUCACUCGAUGCCCCUUCGAUUCACGCCCAACCAUUGUCAGAUAAGGAGCAAACUCAUUCCAGCCAGCCCCCACUCGAUCGCUCCAAGUCCUACCGCAACCCGAACAAAUCACCCCAUCCAGCUUCCUCUUCUCCCACCAACUGGUCCGUCCAACCCAGCCCCGCCAAACUUAAUAAUACCGUCGCCAAGGGUAUACCCAUCCCUCAGAGACCCGCCCCUCCUAAACCAUCGAGCUCCUCUAAACUCGGCAAAUCUAGCUCCGUCAAAGUCUCAGCCUCUUCCUCCUCUCCUAACGCUCAUCAGGCUCCCUCAUCGGUCCCCCGGAAACGCGAACAGAAAUCAACAAAGGUCUCCGAUCAAGAAAUCAUCGCUCGGUUGAAGGCCAUCUGUACCGAUGCUGACCCCACCAAAUUAUAUCGAAAUCUGAUCAAGAUCGGCCAAGGUGCAUCGGGAGGAGUUUACACGGCAUACCAAGUGGGCACAAAUUCAUUAGUGGCGAUCAAGCAGAUGAAUCUAGAGCAACAGCCCAAGAAGGAUCUGAUCAUCAACGAGAUCGUCGUCAUGAAGUCCUCGACCCACCCCAACAUUGUGAACUUUAUCGACUCCUUCCUGCUCAAGGGAGAUCUAUGGGUGGUCAUGGAGUACAUGGAGGGCGGUUCCUUGACGGACGUGGUGACCUGUAACAUCAUGACUGAGGGGCAGAUCGCCGCCGUCUCUAAGGAGGUCCUCCACGGCCUCUACCAUCUCCAUUCUCAUGGCGUCAUCCAUCGGGAUAUCAAGUCCGAUAACGUCCUACUCUCCCUACAGGGCGACGUCAAACUGACCGAUUUCGGCUUCUGUGCCCAGAUCAACGAGGGCAAUGCUAAGCGGACCACCAUGGUCGGCACACCCUACUGGAUGGCCCCGGAGGUAGUGACGCGCAAGGAGUAUGGACCGAAGGUGGACAUCUGGUCCUUAGGGAUCAUGUGUAUCGAGAUGGUCGAGGGCGAACCGCCAUAUCUGGCCGAUAACCCGCUCAGAGCUCUCUAUCUGAUCGCCACCAAUGGGACACCCAAGCUCGAUAAGACCAAGUAUUCGAGCCUCUUGCUCGACUUCCUGGGCUUCGCGUUGGAGGUCCAGGUGGACCGCAGACCCGACUCGGUCGGCCUCCUCAAUCAUAAAUUUAUCACACACCAUUGCGCACCUACGUCGACUAAUAAAAAUAACAAGUUGGAUCAUCUUAGGUCGCUUGGGCCUCUUAUUAAGGCUGCGAGACAACAAGCUAAAGGAAAAUAAUCUUCUCUUCCUUUUACUUUGCCAACUCGUUUUUUUUUCUUUCUUUUCUUCUAUUCUUCAUCUUCUUCUUGUGAUCAAAUCACCUCACUUUCCUUUUAUAUUUUUAUCUUCUAUUCCUCCACAUAUAUACAUAUAUACAUAAAGAUAUAUAUAUAUAAUUUGGUCUGGGUCUUGUGAUCAGUCUUCUUUAUCAUUUCUCAUUUUAUCAUCUCCCAUCUCAUUUUUUUUCAAAUCAUCAUACAUAUACAUUCAUUAGUUUGGUUGAGCUGUGUUCAUGUUGUUGGUUUCUCUCUCAUUUUUAUUGAGGGCUUGGUUUGUGAUUUUGUGUUGUUUAUGAUGUUUGUGAAGUGAUUUGGAGUUCUACAUACAUAUAUAAAGAAAAAAUGAAAGGGAGAGGUAUAUGAGGUGGGUUG